AUGGCACAAGCUCCGAACAAGGCACAGGAGCGUCUCUCUCAGGUCUCCAGUCAACUUACUGGCUCCGAUCCGCGAAACUCUGUUCUGGCCAAGUCUCCAGACGAUGUCGUCGUCACCUGCGCCCUACGCACUCCCUUUACGAAAGGUGGCAAAGGUCUACUGAAAGAUACUGCUGCUGCAGACCUGUUGGCCCUCACGCUGAAGAACCUCAUCUCCAAAUCCAAGAUUGAUCCAUCCCUUGUCGAAGACAUCGCGACAGGCUGCGUCCUUGCCCCUGGUGGCGGUGCCACCGAAUACCGUGCUGCCGCCCUUGUCGCAGGCUUCCCCGAAUCCACCGCAGUCAAGUCCCUCAAUCGGCAAUGCUCCUCCGGUCUACAGGCGGUCGUGGACAUUGCACACGCCAUAAAAGCUGGACAAAUCGAGAUUGGUAUUGGUUCCGGCGUCGAAAGCAUGUCCAGUCAAUAUGGCCCUGGCGCAGUGACCGAGUUCUCGGACCUACUGGAGAACCACCUUCAAGCCUCCAAUUGCAAGGUUCCCAUGGGCGUUCUAUCUGAACAGAUGGCAAAAGACAGAAAGAUAACACGAGUCGACCAGGACAGCUUUGCCGCAUCCUCCUAUCAGAAGGCACUCAAAGCACAACAAUCAGGCUUGUUUGACGAAGAAAUUGUGCCCAUCACCGUCAAGUACACCGAUCCAAAGACUGACGAAGAGAAAACAGUCACGGUGGACAAAGAUGAUGGUGUAAGGCCUGGGAUCACCCCUGAAUCCCUGUCCAAGAUCCGAGCAGCAUUCGCCAAAGAUGGGACUAUCCAUGCCGGCAAUGCAAGCCAAGUCUCUGAUGGUGCAGCUGCCGUACUCCUCAUGAAACGCAGCACCGCCGAACGGUUGGGUCAGCCAAUUCUGGGCAAAUUCGUGUCCAGUUCUGUGGUGGGUGUGCCCCCUUUGCUGAUGGGUAUUGGUCCCUGGAAAGCCAUUCCUGUGGCAUUGCAAAAGGCUGGCUCAGGGCUAUCACCUGACCAGGUCGAUAUUUUCGAGAUCAACGAGGCAUUUGCCAGCCAGGCGGUCUGGUGUGUCAAAGAAUUAGGUAUCCCGUUUGAGAAAGUCAACCCCAAGGGUGGCGCCAUUGCAUUUGGCCAUCCCUUAGGCUGCACUGGUGCUCGUCAAGUCAGCACACUCUUCACUGAACUAAAGCGCACCGGCAAGAAAAUUGGCGUGACCUCCAUGUGUGUUGGGACAGGAAUGGGUAUGGCUGCAGUGUGGGUAGCCGAGUAA